AUGAAUGCAUCCGAACGAGAGGAAAAUAGAAAAAAACUAAAUCAUAUCGGUGAUGAUGACAAUGACUAUAAUUCUCGCACUUUGGAGCCAAACUGCGUGCAGUAUCUCAUCUACUUCGACGACGUUUCUUGCGCGUUGGAGGAGAAAAAGAACGAAAUUUUCAAACAUUUAGAGCAAGACUUUGAAGCGAAAGAAGCACUACUAUCAUCGAAAAUGAAGCGAAAAGAUGAUGUUUACGACGCUUACUGUUACCACCGAGAAGGAUUCAACCUCACCCGUGCGUUCUGCGACGCGACGAAAAGAUGGUGCUUGAAAGGAUCGACGAAAUUCGGAGACGCUUUAGAUGACGAGUGGAUGGUCGCGAACAUCUUGUUUCGAUUGAGUGUACGAUUUGAAGACACAUCCGUUCGCAUGUUCGACGACGACGGGGAGUUUUUAUUGGUAGAAUGCGCGCACGUGUUACCGAUGUGGGUGGAACCGAACGUGGCGGAAGGGAGGACGUUCAUUAGACGUGGCGCGGUACACGUCGUUUACGAGCCGGAGGACGAAGCGAGGAAGGAGGAACGAGAGGAAUAUGAUGAAGAAAGAGAAGACAGAAUGGAUGCGCUGAAGACGAAUGUGGACGCGUUGAAUGCGUUGAUUAAAGCUUCUGAUCAAAAGAAGUACAGGCUAGGCAAUGCGAUCGACGCGCAUCUCAAAGAGCACAAGAUGAAAAAAUAUUAUCAAACCGAGGAGGCGAUCGUAACGUCCAGACAUCUCGCGCGAGCGUUACUUCCGAAACGCGUGAGGAAAGCUUUGCAACGUGUUGGGAUGAAAUCGAUGAAGCAAAAACAAACGUUCAUUCAAUUGGCGACGCGCGUGUUUUACGAGCGGACGCCUGCGGACGUGCGAAGCUCGAAAGAUUUUCGCAAUUUGAACUUUAAUACUCCCGCCGCCGAAUCAAACGCGGGAAAGGAGGAGGAAGAGGAGGAGAGUUCCAUCGUCAUCCAAGACGACGCGAUGAUGAAUGAGAUGGACUCCGUUACGCUUCGCUUCUCUCGAUGCGCGUACGCGCAACUCGCUCGAGCAAAGUUCGACGCGCCGAGAAAGUAUCCGAUGGAUGUGAUUGCGAAAACAACCGACGCGGAUUUGCACAACGCGUUUGAUAUCGGGAUGAAGUUAACGGUCGGGAUGGAGAUUGCGUUGGAAAAGCUUUUGAUGAGCAGCGAAGAUGAUAGUUUAGACGACGAGGAUUUGGCGAAGACAUUCAACGCGGAGGAAAUCGCGGCGAUUUUGCAAUUCAAGGACGCGUUAGAACGUGUUGUAGAAACAAAGGAAGAUGAAGACGAAGAGGACGUACAAAACCUCGAACCGGAAAGCGACCAGUGGAUGCGCGACGGCAUGCGCGAUUUAGACAACGAGAUUUUAGCGCGAGCGGCGGAGCGCGAAUUGCAUCCUCUCUCGGACGACGACGAAGAUGGACGACCCAGCGCCUUUGACGACGAAUUCGAUUUCGACGACGAUCUCAAAGACGAUAAACGGCGAGAGAAAGAGAAAGCAUUCAGCGAGGACGUGAAACGAGUCGGGAAAAAACUCGGGACGUUUAUGAACGCGAAAGCGACGUAUAAAGGCGCGGAAGAAGUGCAACGCGCGAACAACAUCAACAACGGUAGUAAUAAUAGUAGUAAUAGUUAUUCCAAGAAGGAGAAGAAAAAGAUUGCGCCGCCGGAACUCGACGCCGACGCGUUCGAACGCGAUUUAAUGAACGCUUUGAUGGACGACCCGGAGUCGGAACAGUUUUUAGAGCAAUUCACGAAAGAUUUAGCUUUUCACGACAAUCCAAAAGACGAUUUGAGGAGAAAAGUCGAACACGACGUCGUUCAAAACGAACUCGAUUUACAAGCGGAAGAUUUCGACGUCGCGUACGAGGCGGCGUUGAGAGAGCAACUGCUCGGGUCGCACGUGGAAGAGUCCGUGAAACGAACGACGACGACGACUACAAAAACGACGACUAUUGAUGCGAAUGACGAAGAUAGCAUCAUGGAAAGCGAAACGAUUAAAGACGUUUUGAAAUCCGCGGUGAUGCAAAACGGCCAAUCCGGGCCGGCGACCAUUUUGCUCGGCACGUUACGAGACGAAGAAGAAGAAGCUUAA